UGCCUCAACGGCCAGUCAACUGGCGUUUCAACGCUAUAGGUGUCGGAGAGAGCACCGGCUUCUCUAUAAUGGAUGAAUUUGUUUACUGGAAUAGUGUCCGUCCGUUCUUCAUCACAGUGGAGGCCCCGUCUGUUGUGGUCUUAGGGGAACAGUUGGGUAUAAGAGUGGCCGCAUUUAACUAUCAGCCCUACGAGAUUAGAGCGGACAUCAUAUUAGAAGAAUCACUGGAUUAUCGUUUCGUCGAAGUGGGACCUAUGGGUCGGGUGUCCUCUUAUUCGCCCAAAACAUCGGGUGGUGUUCAUCAACACCUCAUUUAUAUCAAACCUCAUUCAUCAUUCUUAGUGCCCAUACCUGUUGUGCCAACCACUAGAGGAAAGAUCAAGAUUAUCAUCACUGGUCGCACACAAGUGGCUAAAGAUCAAAAAGUGAUAGAAGUGGAAGUGUUGGCCGACGGCGCACAGGUCUCUCUGCACACAUCCAUGCUUUUGGAUCUGAGAGCGCAGUCGUAUAUUAUUAAAUACUUGGACAUGAAUGUGACCGAAGAUCCCAUUAUUCCAUACCAAGACAUAUACCGUCGAUAUAUGUUUGGUUCGCCAAAAGCGUGGGUAACAGUGAUCGGGGAUGUGGUGGGAGUGCCCGCCAAACUCAACCCCAGAAUUGAUUUCACAAACUUAGGCAUCAAAUAUACGGCAAAGUCAGGAGAGUUGAGACUUUUUGACUUCGCGUACCGACUCUAUACACUCAUAUACCUAAGACUGACCAAUCAGUUGGAGGACAGCGACAAACAGGAACUGUCCAAACAAAUACUCGAAGAAUUGAAUCGCGAUUACGUCCACCAAAUGACUUUCUAUAGGGACGGGUCGUUCGUAAUGUUUGACAUGAGUUAUACGCAAAGCUCGGUAUGGCUGACGGCAUACGCGGCCAGAGUCUACUUCGACGCCCAGUUCGACGAUUGGCAUAAUUUCAUUUACAUCGACCCAAACGUUAUUUACCAUUCAAUUGAAUACAUCCUUAAGCGUCAGAUUAUAGACGUUCGGAGCUAUGAUGAGGGCUCCUUCUAUGAAGACAUGACAUUUAGGAACUGGUCGUCACCCCGUCUGACGCCCGUCGCUCUCACGGCCCACGUGUUGAUAACGUUAGUCAAAGUUACCGAUUUGGGUGUUUACGGCGAUUUAGGCGUUAAAAUAUCCAACGCCAAGAAAUCGGCGGUUAAUUUCUUGGAGAGACGCCUCCAAACCAUUACAUCUCCCUAUGAGAUAGCGAUCGCAACCUAUGCACUGAUGAGCGCCGGCAGUCCGGACGCGAAGUUUGGUUUUAAUCAAUUGGAGUCAAUGAAGAGAUCUACCGAAGGAAUGAUCUAUUGGUCUGCCGUCGAGAUAAAACCUCCGGGUCUCAUAUACCAGAGUCAGAGACCAUUUAUUCAGCCCCGGAAUCCGCAGUCUUACGAAUCGCUUGCAGUUGAGGGAACCGCUUAUGCGUUAAUGAUUUACACGGGUUUCGGUGGUAUAAUUCAGGAUCAAAUCGUCAAAUGGUUGACUUAUAUGAGACAAUACGACGAGGGAUUUGUUACAACAUUUGACACUAUAGUUGCGGUUCAGGCGCUCACAGACUAUUCGUUCCGAACUCACGUCCGAUCCAUAACUAAUAUGAGACUCGAAGUGGAGGCCUCUUCUAAUCCAGAGAUUACCACAAGUAUAGGCAUAUCGCAGAACAAUCUGACGAAUCAGCAAAUCAUAAACAUUGAGCCAAACGUAUGGGGAUUCGUGUCGGUGACGGCCAAAGGCGCGGGUCUGGCGAUCGUUCAGUUGACCACUCAAUACAAUGUCGACCAAGAAUUCCAAUUACUGCAGCCGUCGGUCAACGCGUUUGACAUCAGCGUUGACCUCAAGUUUUCGGGUCGAAACAAAUCGCGAGUAGCGGUC